UCCGUCUCCCAGCAGUAGGCAGUGUAGCACUCUCCUCUGAUCCGGAGUCGAGUCGAUUCGAGUCCACUCCGCUGUCCGCUCGCACCAACUCCUCCAUCCAAUUCCAACUCGGCAACUCCUCCAGGCAGCCCGGUGGGUGGGUCAUCCUCUCCCCACGUCCACCACGGCGAUGGCGCUCGCGCCCCCGCAUUGCUGACCCACUCCCACCGCGGACUCUCCCUCCCUCCCCGUGGUUUGGUUUUGGUAGGUGGGGGAGGUUGGUAGGCGCCGGGGCGUGCCUGUCGGCUGGCGGUUUCGGGAAGCGCUGCCGCGAUCCUUGCCCGGAUCUGGGCGCCACGAUGGAGGACGCCGGCCGCGAGGGCGGCACUGCCGCGGAGAAUGGGACCGAGGGGGAGGGCUACGUCCUCGUCAAGGCCGCCCCCGAGGGGGAGGGGGACCCCACCGCCGCCGCCGCCGGAGGCGAUCGCGAGGAUCUCGCUGCCUCCGCCCCGGCGAUGGCGAUGGCGGUGGCGGCUGCGGACGAGGCCGCGGCACCGGCCAAGAAGGGUGGAUCCGGGGCCACGAAGGCGAGGCUGCAGAACGGCAGGGUCCCCGCCGGAACUUCCGCCGCCGCCGCCGCCGCCGGGCCGAGGGUGAAGAAGCCCGGGGUCCUCUCACAGAGCGCCUCCUUCCCGGCGCGGGGCGCGGUGGCGGUCGCGGCCAAGAAGGCCGCGGCGGCGGUUGCUACGCCCAAGCAGGCCAAGGGCGCCGUGCCCAUUGGAUCAGAGACGGCGGCAGGCCGGGCGGUGGAGAAGAAGGCGAGUUUGGCGCGGACACCUGUUGCUCGCCGGCCGAUGCUUGUUAAGUCUGGAUCAGUGGAUGCGGCUGCCCCAAAUGACACAGUUGUUGCUGUCCAAGAGUCAGAUGAAAAUACGGACAAACCAUUGAAACAAACACAGCCAGGGAAAACAGAGGAUGAUGUGCACUCCACCACAUCAAGUACCAAUACUCCCCGUGCAGCAGCUCGUAAGAGUGCUGCUGCUGCUGCUGCUGGUUUUAGUUUCAGAUUGGAGGAGCGUGCUGAGAAGAGAAAGGAGUUCUUCCAAAAGCUUGAAGAAAAAAUCCAUGCGAAGGAGCUGGAAAAAACAAAUUUGCAGGAGAAAUCUAAGGAGAGCCAAGAGGCUGAGAUCAAACUACUGAGGAAGAGCCUAACAUUUAAAGCCACACCUAUGCCAAGCUUUUACAAGGAGCAGCCACCCAAAGUUGAGUUGAAAAAGAUUCCCCCAACACGUGCCAGGUCACCAAGGCUCGGCCGGCACAAGGCAGCCAGUUCUGCUACUGCUCCUGCUCCUGCAGAUGGUUCUGUAUCAUGUGGGAGCCCACGGAGCACUGCAAAUUCGGGCAAGGUAAAUGAAAUCAUGGAGAACAUCAAACCUCGUGUCCCUGCUAGAAAAUCUAUUCAGAGGCCAGUCACGAAAACUCCAUUGCAAGUGUCUGCCACCACAAAGGCUGAACCAAGACCCAUAGCUACAAAGCCGAAAAUCGCAAACUCGAAACCUAAGGUUUCAAGGGCAAAGGUUGCGCAGGCGCAAGGAAACUCAGCUGAAGUCCCUCCUUCAGAACCUUCUGCCUCGGAAGAGCUAGUAGUCGAACAUGGCGUUGGAGAAGCUACAGGUCCUGAUCUGGCUUCACAAUUGGUUGCUUCGAAUGAAGUCCCAGUCCAUGGUUGAUCAAUUGCGCAUUUUGCCUAUUUAUUUCCUUCUUGCAGUUCUGUGAAUAGUGAGGGUGUGUGCUUCAUUGAAAGUUGAAUCGCUCAAAGUGCCAUGGUUUAUCGUUUCUGGAGUAGGCAUCCAAAUUUUUUUUUCAGCUUGUCAUUGAGCAUGCCAUGUAUAUUGCUUGAUAUUGUGUUCAUGUUUAAAAUUCCCAAUCUUGUGUAUAUUGGAUUUAUAUGUCUUUGGACAUCCUAGGAUUGUUGCAAUACGUCAAUGCAAUUUGUGCAUUAUUUUGUA